AUGCCUAGCUCUCUAUUUAGACACCUGCUAAGCAUUUGGAAAGACAUACACUCUUUGAUGGUUUCUCCUUUUCUCCCUGUUGACCAGUCUCGCACCAUGAUGUCAAGCUCCAGGAGCCUCCAGCCCACCAUAAGUGCAGCAGGGUUGACGAGAAAGAGGGCUACGGCCUUGUCAGAAAAUGAGUUGAUCGCUUUCAUUCAAUCUGUCAUUUCUGAUGAACAGCAAACGGAACCAUUUUACGUGCUUGAUUUGGGCGUUGUUGCGGAUCUCUUUGACAUGUGGAUUCGUAAUCUUCCCAUGGUUCAACCAUUCUACGCUGUCAAGUGCAACCCCAAUCCGGCUCUACUCAGAGAAAUGGCCGCACUCGGCUCCAACUUCGAUUGUGCAAGCCGUGCUGAGAUAGAAGCCGUUCUGGCUUUAGGGGUUUCCCCUGAUCGAAUUGUCUUUGCAAACCCAUGCAAAGCAGAGUCUCACAUCAAGUAUGCUGCUAGCGUUGGCGUUAACCUAACUACUUUUGAUUCAAAAGAUGAACUUGAAAAGAUUCGAAAGUGGCACCCAGAGUGUGCCUUAUUCAUCCGAAUCAAACCCCCCGAAACCAGUGGCGCAAGAUUUCAAUUAGGUGCUAAAUUCGGUGCACUUCCUGAGGAAGUUGUUCCUCUUCUCCAGGCGGCUCAAGCUGCACAGUUCACUGUUCAGGGGGUCUCCUUCCACAUUGGUAGCGGAGCCACCCACUUCCGUGCAUUUGAAGAAGCCAUAGCAGCAGCAAAAACAGUUUUUGAAAAAGCUGCUCAACUUGGCAUUCCGAAUAUGCAUAUACUAAACAUCGGAGGGGGCUUCACAGCAGGCCCACGGUUCACCGAAGCAGCACCCGUCGUGAAAACCGCUCUCCAAAAGUAUUUUUUCAAUGAGCCUGGCUUAAAAGUUAUGGCGGAACCUGGUUUAUUCUUUGCCCAGUCGUCUUUCACGCUAGUAGCCAGCAUUAUCGGGAAGCGAGUUAGGCAUGAGCGUAGAGAGUACUGGAUAAACGAUGGGAUCUACGGGUCCUUCAACUUUUUGCUGUACGAUCAUGACGAUGUGAUCUUAACUCCUCUUGCAUGCACAUCCAACCGUGGCAACCCAACUUGCAAAGGGUUAAAGACAUAUGAUUCCACAGUUUUCGGACCCACAUGUGAUGCCGGGGACACAGUUUUGAAAGGUCACCCUUUGCCGGAAGUGCAGGUGAAUGACUGGCUGGUGUUUCACAAAAUGGGCGCUUACACCUCGUCUUGUGGAACCAAGUUCAAUGGGUUCGACACAUCUGCCAUUUCCACUUACAUUGCCUACUCCGAUCAAAGUUGAUUAAACCAAAAAACAAUCUGUCUGAUCUUGAACUGAGUGAUCAGUUUAUGUUUGUUGUUGUAUCAAUAAAGAUGAGGAUCAUGCCCCCAAUAUCUCUUACUCCGUGGAUAAGAACUUCAGUCGAGAAAUGAGGCAGAAACCUCUGUCAAUAAAACUUUUCCAUUGGACUGAGUGUUUUCAUAUUUGAUAAUCUAUAAAUUUUCUAUAUCC